UACGUCAUCAAACGUUGACGGAAGAAGGUGGGUCACAUGCUGCAGAAAGCUCCAGAGCAACAUGGCGGCGUGCAUGAAGAUGCUGAGCGCUGCGAGACAGAUGCACAGAAAUCCGUCUGUAGUCAAAGUGAAUUGGGCCGGGUGGAGCCGGACCCCCAGCAGCGACACGUCAGCUCUGAGCCGCCUUCAGCCGCCACGGUUCUACACCAGCACCGGGAGCUGCUCUCACGUUCCCGUCAGCACAGCAAUGACAGCUGGCUGCAGGCUGACCCUUAGAACCCACCGGUGGAUGCGAGUCGGUGCCGUGCUCCGCGGCCAAACCGAUCUUCUCACACCGACACCUCGGCCCUUCAUGGUGCAGGACAGGAUGUUCGGGAACCGGGCCAGCGGUGCCGGCUUCUCCGGGGAGGACGGCGGCGAGAGUGCAGGCUCCGGGGGAGAGGAGUCUGGGGGAGACGGGGGAGUCCCGUACAGCGGACCUCAGAUGACAGCGCUCACCCCCAUGAUGGUCCCGGAGGUGUUUCCCAAUGUGCCGCUAAUCGCUGUGAGCAGGAACCCGGUGUUCCCCCGCUUCAUCAAGAUCAUAGAGGUAAAGAACAAAGCGCUGAUGGAGCUGUUGAGGAGGAAGGUUCGCCUGGCUCAGCCGUACGCUGGAGUCUUCCUGAAGAGAGAUGAUAAUAAUGAGUCAGAUGUGGUGGAGUCUCUUGACGCCGUCUACUCUACAGGGACCUUUGUUCAGAUUCAUGAGAUGCAGGACCUGGGAGACAAGUUGAGGAUGAUUGUCAUGGGACAUCGCAGGAUCAAGAUCACAAGACAGCUGGAGGUGGAGCCUGACGAGGCCGCAACGCCCCCCGUGUGGUCAGAGGCUGAGCCUGAGUCCCAGUCCAAACCUCCACCGAGACGCAAAUCUAAACGCAGCCGUAAGGACCAACCAGGGUCUGUGGCAGAGCAGGUGGAGGACAAGAUUUCAGACGCAGACCUGAGCCCAGAGCUCCAGCCUCUCCCCUCCUCCGACAUCCUGAUGGUGGAAGUGGACAAUGUUCAACAUGAGCAGUUCACUGUCACAGAGGAGGUCAAGGCACUGACAGCAGAGAUAGUGAAGACCAUCAGGGACAUCAUUGCACUCAACCCGCUGUACAGGGAGUCUGUCCUACAGAUGAUGCAGGCUGGUCAGAGGGUGGUUGAUAAUCCCAUCUACCUCAGUGACAUGGGAGCAGCUCUGACGGGGGCCGAGUCACAUGAACUACAGGACGUCCUGGAGGAGAUCAAUAUCCCAAAGCGUCUCUACAAGGCUCUGUCUCUGCUAAAGAAGGAGUAUGAGCUGAGUAAACUGCAGCAGCGACUAGGCCGAGAGGUGGAGGAAAAGAUCAAGCAGACCCACAGGAAGUACCUGCUACAGGAGCAGCUCAAGAUCAUUAAGAAGGAGCUGGGUCUGGAAAAAGAGGACAAAGAAGCCAUUGAGGAGAAGUUUCGUGAGAGACUAAAAGAAAGGACUGUCCCCGAACACAUCAUGGAAGUCAUCAAUGAAGAACUCAACAAGCUGGGACUGUUGGACAACCACUCGUCAGAGUUCAAUGUGACCCGGAACUACCUGGACUGGCUGACCAGCAUGCCCUGGGGUACCAAUAGUGAUGAGAACUUAUCUUUGGGGAGAGCGAAAGAGGUUCUAGAAGAAGAUCAUUACGGGAUGGACGAUGUUAAGAAACGCAUAUUGGAGUUCAUUGCAGUGAGUCAGCUGCGUGGCUCCACCCAGGGGAAGAUCCUGUGUUUCUAUGGUCCCCCUGGUGUAGGAAAGACCUCCAUCGCUCGCUCCAUAGCCAGAGCUCUCAACAGACAGUACUUCAGGUUCAGCGUGGGAGGAAUGACUGACGUGGCUGAGAUUAAAGGACACAGGAGGACUUAUGUUGGAGCGAUGCCAGGAAAGAUUAUCCAGUGCCUGAAGAAAACCAAAACAGAGAACCCUCUGGUGUUAAUCGAUGAGGUGGAUAAAAUGGGUCGUGGUUACCAGGGAGAUCCAUCCUCCGCACUGCUCGAACUACUGGACCCUGAGCAGAACGCUAACUUCCUCGACCACUACCUGGAUGUUCCUGUGGAUCUGUCAAAGGUGUUGUUCAUCUGCACGGCCAAUGUGACGGACACCAUCCCAGAGCCUCUCAGAGACAGGAUGGAGAUGAUCAAUGUGUCUGGAUAUGUGGCCCAGGAGAAACUGGUUAUCGCUGAGCGCUACCUGGUCCCCCAGCUGCUUGCUCGGUGUGGUCUGACUGACAAGAAGUCGUCCAUCUCACCUGACGCACUCAGUCUGCUCAUCAGGCAGUACUGCCGAGAGUCUGGAGUCAGGAACCUGCAGAAACAAGUGGAAAAGGUUUUCCGUAAGGUGGCGUUCUCUAUAGUCAGCGGUGAACAAGCUGCAGUGACUGUUACUCCUGACAACCUGCAGGACUACGUGGGUAAACCUAUUUUCACAGUGGAUCGAAUGUAUGAUGUCACCCCACCAGGAGUUGUUAUGGGGCUGGCAUGGACUUCAAUGGGGGGGUCGACGCUGUUCAUUGAGACUUCACUGCGCCGUCCUUCUGGACCAGACGACCCUAAAGGGGAGGGGACACUGGAGGUCACAGGUCAGCUGGGAGAUGUUAUGAAAGAAAGUGCAAAGAUCGCCUCCACCUUUGCCAGAGCCUUCCUGAUGACCCAGGAACCAGAAAACCACUUUCUGGUCAACUCCCACCUGCACCUGCAUGUCCCUGAGGGGGCGACUCCUAAGGACGGACCAAGUGCCGGCUGCACCAUUGUCACAGCACUGUUGUCCCUUGCAACCAAGCAGCCAGUGCGUCAGAACGUAGCCAUGACUGGUGAGGUGUCCCUGACCGGCAAAAUACUGCCAGUUGGAGGAAUCAAAGAGAAAACUAUCGCUGCACGUCGUGCUGGUGUGACCUGCAUGGUCCUGCCAGCGGAGAACAAGAAGGACUUCUCUGACCUGCCGGACUACAUCACUGAUGGCCUGGAGGUCCACUUUGUUGAUCACUACAGCCAAAUCUACCCUACUGUGUUUCCACAGAACCCCUCCUAACCAACAUUCAACUACAGUGAUGAAGCCAAGCCGAGAUGUACCAGGACUUCUCUUCAUAGCACUUCAGAGACCAGUACUUGUUUAUCACCACACCAACACUGAUUGUCAUUCUGGCUGUAAAUAGUGUCAUCCAGAGGAACUGCUUCCUUGUUGAUUUCUCAUAUGAUUCCAUUAAAGUCACCUCAGGAUCCCUGGAUGUAGGAGGAACGUCAUGUGACAGACGCCAACAUCACUGAACUAAAAGUAUGCAGAUGACUGUGCCUAAGACUGACAUACACAGUACAGUACUGGUGAUGGUGGAGACGAUGAACACUGAGCUGACAUCACAGGAUAUAAUGCUACCAAGCAGAAGUAGGGGCGAUGACUUUGCUGCCAGUCAGCCUCUUUACCCACAGCUCUCAUUGUGCAGGGCUGUAUGGGAUUCUUUCAUAGAUUUCUUAUAUUAUUUUAUAUUAUUACAGACCUUAUGUGAUGAUGAAAUAAAUUAAAUAAUAAACAAA